AUGGUAUACGCUACAGGUGUAGUAGGAAAAUGGUACCCAAAUGCUACCAUUUUCACUCACUUCCAACACCUGCAAUUCCUAGAUCUAUCUUACAACGACAUUGGAGGUUGGAUUAUGCCACAAGCAUUGUGUCAACUACGCAAUCUUAAAGAAUGGGAUCUGAUGUGGAACGAUCUUGACCAUGAUGGACUCCCUGGCUGUCUAGGGCGUGCUCUCCCUUCUUUAGAAGCAGUAUACGUAUCAAUUAUGCAACGUAAUAUGUCUUCAUCAUCACCAUUAACAGCAUUAUGUGGAGCCAGGAAUCUCUCGCUACAUCUUUAUGUAAUGGAACCAAGAGGGUGCCCGUUGUUCCAUAAUCUUGAAUCAGUUGAUUUAGCAGAUCUCGAUCUCAAUGCCUGGUCACCUGUUGUAAGUAAUGCACUAUGCCAAGCAACCAAUCUUAAAGAGUUGUACCUCUCUGAAAACAAUUUGGGUGAUGACGAUGAUAUUAGAAGUAAUAGCAAAGCAUUACUAUGCCUACGUAAUUUGACGUCGUUGGAAAUGCUUGAUGUAUCAUACAAUAAUCUCAAUGCUUCCUCAGCAUUUCUAAAGGGAUUGGGUGGACUCAAGAAUCUCAAGGAAUUGGAUCUACACGAUAACUCUCUAACCAAUGAAGGCCUACCCUCAGGCCUUUUGAAUAACCUCUCUUCACUGGAAGUACUCGGCAUGUCAGGGAACAAGCUUACAAGUUUACCAACAGGGCUCUAUCAAUUGAGGAACUUACAAGAAUUGGAUCUUUCUUAUAAUCAAAUUACAAGCAAUAUUGCUUCUUUGAUUUUCGAUAACCUAACUUCACUAGAGUCCCUUGUUCUUUCAAAUAACCAGUUUUUUGGAGAGCUCUCCUUCUCUAUCUUUGCUAAUCUCUCCCAAUUAACAGAAAUUGAUCUUUCCAACAAUUAUAACUUGGAUGUUGAUACUGAGUCACCAUCUUGGAUUCCAUCUUUCCAACUAAAUUAUUUAAAUCUAGACAAUUGCAACCUCAAUAGGAAGAGUCAUAAUGUCAUUCCAAAUUUCCUCUCCACUCAAUAUAACUUAAGGGUAGUGUCUUUAGUUCAUACCUCUCUUCAAGGAAUCAUUUCUCCCUCAUUGUUGUACAAUAAUACUUCACCAAAACACUUGUCCUUAAGGGGUAACCAUUUAGUUGGCCAAUUUCCAAAAAUGCCUUUCCAAAAUGAAACAACAAGAUUGACCUUUCUUGACAUUUCUGACAACCAAAUUGAAGGGCAGCUUCCUACAAAUAUCGGUGACUUCUUUCCCAGCCUACAUUUUCUUAACAUGUCAAUGAAUGAACUUGAAGGCAAGAUUCCGUCUUCGUUCAAUAGGAUGUGGCAAUUAGGAGUUCUAGACUUGUCUAACAACUUCCUAAUAGGAGAAGUGCCUAGUGGAUUAUCCCAAAACAAAACCCUCUUGUCACAAAUAAUCUUAUCAAACAACAAGUUGCAUGGUAUGCCAAUAUUUACCAAAAUGGAUAGACUAGCCAAUUUACGUCUUGAAGGAAACUGUUUCACAAAACCAAUCAUAAUCAAUGCGUCAAGUGUCCGAUCUCUUUUCAUGUUGGAUCUAAGUGAAAACUAUUUGCUUGGCUAUCUUCCAAAUCAUCUGCCUAUUCUUCCAAAUUUGCGUGUUCUUCACUUAAGAGGAAACCAUUUUUUUGGCCAAAUACCAGAGUCAUUAUGCCAAAUGACAAAGUUGCACACAUUAGAUCUUUCAAAUAACCAUUUGUCAGGGAGCAUACCUUCUUGUCUCAACAGCAUUACAUCAUGGAAGAAAAAAUCUGAACUUCAAGAGUUUCUCCCUUAUUUUGAUCAAGGCUUUCGAAGGAGUAGUGAAGUCAAAAUCAAUUUUGCUACCAAGGGUCACAUGCACACUUACAAGGGUGAGCCUCUGCGAUACAUGACUGGGAUUGAUUUGUCAAAGAACCAAUUAACAGGUCAAAUUCCAAUAGAAAUAGGAGACCUGAGAGAACUCCACUCAUUGAACCUUUCUAAUAAUUUUUUGGUCGGCCAUAUCCCUGAAUCCUUUCAAAAUCUAGAACAAUUGGAAAGUUUGGAUCUUUCUCACAACAAACUUGAAGGAAGGAUCCCACAUCAAAUAACCAAACUCAAUUUUCUUUCUACCUUCAGCGUGGCCUUCAAUAACCUCUCAGGCAGGAUCCCUUAUGAAGAUCACUUCAUUACUUUUGACAACAAUAGUUAUAUUGGUAAUGAUGAACUCUGUGGACCACCGCUGCAAAUGAAUUGUUCUUUGUUUGAGAACCAGCCACCAAGGCCUAAAGGCAAUGAUUUUGGAGGUGGGAAGAAGAAAUUGUUAGCCAAGGUCAUGGACGAAGACUUGUUUUUCUAUUCAUACGUGGCUAUUUGUUAUGCAUUGGGUUUUUGGGGUGUUAUUAUCCCGCUGAUUUUGAGCAAGAAUUGGCGCCGGAAGUACUACAGAAUCAUUAAUGGGUGCAUUGAGAGGUGUAGGGAGUGGUUUUUACGCCUUAUUGUGCCUGUUGUUCAUUCUUUUGAUUUCCUUGGUGCCUGA